UUCACCUGGAUUGAAAGGCCCAAAUAGCCCAAUUGUGCAAGUGCAACAGAACCUUAAAAAAUAUCGUCAAUUUCUAAUUUUAGAUUUAAUUGUUUUUAUAUUUAAUUUUUUUGCUUAGAAAAACAAAAAAAAAAUGUUAGCCGCGACUAGGUUCAGUCUCCCAAACCCGAGCCCGAGCCCACCUGAACCCAAACCAACCAUUUCUCUCUCCUCCGAACCUCCCUCCAAACCUCAACCUCGGAAACUAAAGGGUAGCGCGAAGCUCAACCUCUGGUCCAGAGCUCGAUCAAUCCGGUCCGGCCGGAAAUUGGAUUUCCACGACAAACCUGUCCAUGCAGCAGAACCGGUUGCUGAAGCUCCGGUUCGAACCGGUGAUGGUUUAUCUGAUUCAGAGAGAGAAGAUGACAAAGAGGGAAAAACGAUAUACAUGGUUUCUGAUGGCACUGGUUGGACGGCGGAGCAUUCCGUUAGUGCGGCGUUAGGGCAGUUUGAUCAUUGUUUAGUUGAUCAUGGUUGUUCUGUUUGUACUCACUUGUUUUCUGGGGUAGAUGACAUUGAGCGACUUAUAGAAGUUGUGAGACAAGCUGCAAAAGAAAAUGCUCUGCUUGUCUAUACACUUGCUGAUCCUUCAAUGGCUGAUGCUGCAAGAAAAGCCUGCCAGUUAUGGGGUGUACCAUGCACCGAUGUCCUUGGCCCAAUAACUGAGGCAAUUUCUUCUCACCUUGGAGUUUCUCCUUCAGGGCUUCCCCGUGGUGCGGGAGGUAGAAUUUUAUUGAGUGAAGACUACUUCCAAAGGAUUGAAGCCAUUGAGUUCACUAUAAAACAAGAUGAUGGGGCUCUACCUCAGAACUUGCGCAAGGCUGAUAUUGUACUCACUGGUGUCUCUCGGACAGGAAAGACUCCUCUGUCAAUUUACCUUGCACAAAAAGGAUAUAAAGUAGCAAACGUUCCUAUUGUAAUGGGUGUGGAAUUACCCAAAGCUUUAUUUGAGAUAGACCCACACAAAGUUUUUGGUUUGACUAUUGAUCCGGUUGUUUUGCAAACAAUUAGAAAAUCACGAGCCAAGACCCUGGGCAUAGCUGAACAGGAUUUACACAACUAUGCACAGAUGGGUUAUGUAAAAAAGGAGUUGGAACACGCGGGUAAAAUUUUUGCACAAAAUCCCAGCUGGCCUGUAAUUGAGGUGACUAGCAAAGCCAUCGAAGAGACAGCAGCUGUUAUCUUGAGGUUAUAUUCUGACAGAAAGCAGAAGCGAUCAUUGCCCAGCAUAUCAAAACGCUAUUAGUGAUGUUGAGUUGAUGACCGAUCUUGAUCUGAAGUUUCCGAUGUGUGAAUAAGGAGGCAGAGUAAGACAUUGAACCCUUGUUUAACAAAGCUGAUUGGCAUAUUUGCAUAAUAUCCAUACAUAUCAUCAGUUCAUGUACAUCAUUGAAGUCUCUACUCCUAUAGUGUAUAUAUGGUCCUUAAUUUUGGUAUUCUUUCAUCAUCAGACUCGACUGCCAGAGUUAGUACUACUAUAGUACUACUAUGUGUAUAAUCUGUAUAUGGCUGUUAAAUGUUAAUAUCAAUGGUCUGGAUCAGAGGACGAGGUUGUUAUCAAUAUUUGUAUAGUCAUAACGAUAACAAGAUGUCAAUAUAUGUAUUGGUAGCGAACUGUUCAGAAUAUGCAGUGUGGUAAUUGCAUGUUUUCAACAGGAUUACAUUUCUAGGGGAAAUACUCCAUAGCUGUUGUUUCAUUUC